CAGAGAUCGACUUGUUUUGGAUAACAGAAGCCUUUAAAAUCUACGUUAGCCUAUUAAACUUGAAUACUGCUGCGCCUAGCAUAGAAGGAGAGGAGACCUUCAGUCGAAAUAGUACGAGAAAAAAGGUUUUGAGACUUUUGAAUUGGAUAUUUCAUGAGCAGGACUUCCGAUAGUGUCAUGAAGUACGUUCGGUUGCACUCGCAGAAGGGCUUGGUCCUGUGCAGCAGUAUCACCGGUUCAUCUGUAGAUUGUGGACAGCCAGCUGAUUCACAGCAAUGCUGACUGCAAAAUAAAAUCUAACCAGCAAUGUUAACCUUAAACGUCUCUUAAAGUUUAACCCGAGAAGAUGUCCGAUGUCACCAAGACCGUCCAAAAAUGGCACGCAAGUUUUAAAAAGGGCACGGACUUUGAUUCGUGGGGGCAGUUGGUGGAAGCGAUUGAUGAGUACCAAAUACUUGCAAGGCAACUGCAGAAAGAGGUCCAGUCAUCAAAUCCACAUGAUUUCACAGAGGAACAAAAGAAAACCCUAGGAAAGGUUGCAACAUGUCUUGAAAUGCGAAGUGCAUCCCUACAGUGUACACAGUCUCAAGAAGACUUUAAGUUAGAGGACCUGAAGAAACUGGAACCCUUUAUCAAGAAUAUUUUUACCUACAACAAAGAUUUUCCUUUUGAUGUCCAACCUGUGCCUUUAAGGAAAAUUUUUGCCCCGGGUGAGGAGGAGAAUCUAGACACUGAAGAGGAAUUUGAUGUAGCCACUGGAGCUGGAUCAACACAGUCCUUCCCUAGAGGAGUCCCAGGUACUUUAUUACCACGACUUCCCUCAGAGCCAGGAAUGACUCUACUCACUUUAAAAAUCGAGAAGAUUGGUCUGAAAGAUGCAGGGCAAUGUAUCGAUCCUUACAUGACAAUUAGUGUAAAAGACUUGAACGGUGUUGAUUUGAACCCUGUUCAGGACACUCCAGUGGCAACACGUAAAGAAGACACAUACAUUCAUUUCUGUGUAGAUGUGGAAAUUCAAAAACAUCUUGAAAAACUUCCAAAAGGUGCAGCUAUAUUCUUUGAAUUCAAACACUACAAGCCCAAGAAGAGGUUCACCAGCACUAAGUGUUUUGCCUUCAUGGAGAUGGAUGAGAUUAAGCCUGGUCCCAUUGUGAUAGAGCUGUACAAGAAGCCAACUGAUUUCAAGAGGAAGAAACUCAACCUCCUUACAAAGAAACCUCUCUACCUACACCUUUAUCAGACUUUGCACAAAGACUGAGCAGGCACAUGGACAAACCUUCAUCAGACUUUGACACGAAGGGACAACAGGUCCCCCCCCCUCCCCCCGCCUCUUUGUUAUCUGAUUAAAGUUGGUGCAUCUACAUUCACAGCAAUACCAAACUCUGGAUUCCAGACUUCUGGAUUUUUCAGCUUUGGAAUUUCAGACAUAGGCUUUAUAUCAUAAUACUUAUAAUUGUCUAAUCUGUUUGUCCAUCCAAUAAAAGAGAGAGAAAGGCCACUGGGAAUGAGUAUGUCAUCUUUCAAUGUUUUACUAUCUCACCCCUAGUCCUUUAAAGCUACCACUAAAGAAUCAAAGAGAAGACUGACAUUGGCAUUUUAAAAUCUGACAAGACAAGCACUGACAGCAUAUUAUUUAUCUAAUGAAAAUGGACCACUGUCAGCUGAUCCAAGAGAUAGGAUUAAUUCAGCCAUGCGUUCUGAGGUUAAAAGAGUGAAGUGUACAUAUAAUGCUUUUAAUUACUACAGACCCCAUAUUGCUCCAAGAAUGUACUCUUUAACUUCGUAAUGGAAGGCUACACAGCAAAAAAUGUGAUCCAUAGGUAAUACCAGCAAUCUACAACCCCAAUUCCAAUGAAG